AUGGUUUCCUCCUCAAUGUUUUUCUUUGUGGCCUCAGCUUCUGACUGCGACGAUGGCAACAUCCUUUAUGGCGAUCAUUGCUAUCUUUUUGGCCCGGGUCGUGAAACUCAAGAGGAUGCUGAGGAGUUCUGUCUCGCCCGGGGAGCCCACCUGCCUCGCGUCCACUCUAAGCGAGAUGGCCAAUUCCUGCAUGAUAACUUUGUACGUAAUGAUCUUUGGGUGGGACUCAAGAAGAAGGGCAACAACUACAAGUGGAGUGACGGAACAGCUUUGGACUACGAAGACCUCGGGUACUACUCCGGUGGUGACUGUGCAAUAAUAGGUUAUCAGGCACGGAUCUACCUGAACUCCCCAUGCUACUGGAAGCAGUCAGUUAUCUGCCAAACAGCCAAGCGCGGCGGAGGGCGUCCACAGCUGCCACCAUUGGUGGGCCAACCUGACUGGACUGAAAAAUGCGGCUGGUGGCUGGACAACCCCACCGACGACUUCUGCUACCUGAUGAUCAACCGGCAGCCCACCGAGACCUGGCAGGAGGCGCAAAAUGACUGCCGGCGCUUCGGAGGGAACCUGCUCAGCAUCACCGACUCGCAUGAGCAGGCCUUCAUAGAGGGUUUCAUCAAGACUCUGGCGGUGGAUGCUUUAUGGUUGGGCGCCAAAACCCCACUGGACGGAGCUGCCAAGUGGACUGAUGGAUCACUGAUAGCUUACGUCCACUUGAGUGCAGGUGGCGCCGACGAGGGGGAAUGUCUUUCCUUCCUCACCGGCAGCGGCCACUGGAAAGCCGACGCGUGCGACAACAAGAAUGGCUACGUGUGCAAGAAAAGAGGAGAAGGAGUGCCAGAACCCAAGCCGUCUUCUGACGACGCCAAGCGCUGUGGUUUCGGAUGGCUCGAGUACGAUGCCAGCUGCUACAAGAAGGUGGAGGCCCCCAACGGUUGGCUGGGGGCCCGUCAUCACUGCGUCUCGGAGGGCGGGGACCUGCUCUCCAUCUCUUCCUCGGCCGAGGAAGACUUUGUGAAGAAGACGAUGAUGGCCCACUUCUGGCUGGGACUCUCCAAUCUGGAAUGCGAUGACAUCUGGUGUCGCUUUGAAGACGGAAACCUGACUUGGUCCGACGGCGAGACGACGACAUACGCCAACUGGGCCUCAGCUCAACCUGGGAGCACCGACGUUGCGUCCUGUGCCUACGUCAAACAAGGCACUUAUUACCAAUCUGGCAAGUGGAUGUCUGGUUCCUGCGCUUCCUCGCUGGCGUACGUUUGCGAGCGGCCGCUGAAAUGCCCGGCUGGGCGGACGUGUGCCCGCAAAGACAGUUCUGCUGUAGUGGCGACUUCCGACUGCAGCGAGGGCAACUUCCUGUAUGACGAUUACUGCUAUCAUUACGAGAAAACGCCUAAAAGCUGGGAGGAAGCCGAGAAGUUCUGUUGGUCUCGGAGAGGCCACCUGGCCAGCGUCCACUCCGAGGAAGAGGCCCGAUUUGUGUAUGGUCAUGGACAAAGCCCGUAUUCGUCUUUUUUGGGACUCAAGAAGAACAAGUGGAGUGACGGAACAGAAUUUGACUACUCCAAGAGGCAAAAUGACACCGUGGGAGACUGCGUGUUCCCAACUGCUCUUGGGGAGCUCAGUUCCUGCAACUGCACAGUAAAGCGGCCAUUUGUCUGCAAAAUAGCCAAGAGCGGAAGACCUCGACAGCUGUCUCCAUUGGUUGGCCAACCGGACUGGACUGACCAAUGCGGCUGGUGGCUGGACAACCCCACCGACGACUUCUGCUACCUGAUCGUCCGCCAGCCCAAGACCUGGAAGGAGGCCCAAGACAACUGCCAUAGCCUGGAAGGGGACCUGAGCAGCAUCACCGACUUUCACGAGCAGAACUUUGUACACGGUUUCAUCAAGACUCUGGCGGUGGAUGCUUUAUGGUUGGGCGCCAAAACCCCACUGGACGGAGCUGCCAAGUGGACUGAUGGAUCACUGAUAGCUUACGUCCACUUGAGUGCAGGUGGCGCCGACGAGGGGCAAUGUCUUUCCUUCCUCACCGGCAGCGGCCACUGGAAAGCCGACGCGUGCGACAACAAGAAUGGCUACGUGUGCAAGAAAAGAGGAGAAGGAGUGCCAGAACCCAAGCCGUCUUCUGACGACGCCAAGCGCUGUGGUUUCGGAUGGCUCGAGUACGAUGCCAGCUGCUACAAGAAGGUGGAGGCCCCCAACGGUUGGCUGGGGGCCCGUCAUCACUGCGUCUCGGAGGGCGGGGACCUGCUCUCCAUCUCUUCCUCGGCCGAGGAAGACUUUGUGAAGAAGACGAUGAUGGCCCACUUCUGGCUGGGACUCUCCAAUCUGGAAUGCGAUGACAUCUGGUGUCGCUUUGAAGACGGAAACCUGACUUGGUCCGACGGCGAGACGACGACAUACGCCAACUGGGCCUCAGCUCAACCUGGGAGCACCGACGUUGCGUCCUGUGCCUACGUCAAACAAGGCACUUAUUAUCAGUCUGGCAAGUGGAUGUCUGGUUCCUGCGCUUCCUCGCUGGCGUACGUUUGCGAGCGGCCGCUGAAAUGCCCGGCUGGGCGGACGUGUGCCCGCAAAGACAGUUCUGCUGUAGUGGCGACUUCCGACUGCAGCGAGGGCAACUUCCUGUAUGACGAUUACUGCUAUCAUUACGAGAAAACGCCUAAAAGCUGGGAGGAAGCCGAGAAGUUCUGUUGGUCUCGGAGAGGCCACCUGGCCAGCGUCCACUCCGAGGAAGAGGCCCGAUUUGUGUAUGGUCAUGGACAAAGCCCGUAUUCGUCUUUUUUGGGACUCAAGAAGAACAAGUGGAGUGACGGAACAGAAUUUGACUACUCCAAGAGGCAAAAUGACACCGUGGGAGACUGCGUGUUCCCAACUGCUCUUGGGGAGCUCAGUUCCUGCAACUGCGCAGUAAAGCGGCCAUUUGUCUGCAAAAUAGCCAAGAGCGGAAGACCUCGACAGCUGUCGCCAUUGGUUGGCCAACCGGACUGGACUGACCAAUGCGGCUGGUGGCUGGACAACCCCACCGACGACUUCUGCUACCUGAUCGUCCGCCAGCCCAAGACCUGGAAGGAGGCCCAAGACAACUGCCAUAGCCUGGAAGGGGACCUGAGCAGCAUCACCGACUUUCACGAGCAGAACUUUGUACACGGUUACAUCAAGGCUCUGGCAAACGCGCCCUCUCUGUGGUUGGGUGCUAACACCUCUAUCACUGAAGACGACACCAAAUGGACUGACGGAUCCCCGUUCGCUUACAUCCACUCGAGCGCAGGUGACGCCGAUGCCAGCUCUCGGGAAACCUGUCUUUCCUUCCUCACCGGCAGCGGCAACUGGAAGGCCGACAGGUGCUCCCACAUGCGAGGCUACGUGUGCAAGAAAAUGAAAAAAGGAGUGACAGCACCUUCGCCGUUUCCUCUCCAAGCCAAGCUCUGUGAUCCCGGAUGGCUCGAGUACAAAUACUGGUGCUACAAGAAGGUGGAGGCCCCCAACGGUUGGCUGGGGGCCCGUCGAGACUGCGUCUGGCAGGGCGGCGACCUGGUCUCCAUCACCUCCUCGGCCGAGGAAGACUUUGUGAAGGACACCAUGGGCAAGAAGACCCCCUUCUGGCUGGGACUCUCCAACCUGAAUUGCGACGACGUCUGGUGUGACUUUGUGGACGGAAACCUGACUUGGUCUAACGGCGAGAUGCUGACACUCACCAACUGGGCCUCAAAUCAACCUGGGAGCACCGACGUUGCCUUCUGCGUCUACGUCAACCAAGGGGCUUGGAGGCAGCCUGGCAAGUGGAGAUCUGGCUCCUGCGCUUCCUCGUUGCCGUACAUGUGCAAACGGCCGGCGAACUUCUGCCCGGGUAAAGAGAGGUGUUUCCCCAAAGGCGGUUCUGCUCUAGUGGCAACUUCCUCCUGCGACGAUGGCCACUUCCUGUAUGGCGAUUACUGCUAUCGUUACGAGGAAAUGCUAAGAAACUGCGAUGAAGCUGACGAUUUCUGCCGUGAGUGGGGAGGUCACCUGGCCAGCGCCCACUCAGACGGCGAAGCCCAAUUUUUGGCUGCUCACAAGCAAUCAGCAAUGAUGCCUCUUGUGGGACAAAGGAUGGGGGUGAACGGAAAAUAUUAUGACUACAGCGAGUGGGACAGCGCCCCUUCCAUGGACUGUAAACGACUGGCAUCUAAUGGAAAGCUCCAUGAUGUCACCCGGAAUUCCACCAGGCCAUUCUUCUGCAAACAAGCCAAGCACGGAGGGCCUCUACAGCUGCCAGGUGGGCGUCCGGCACCGCCGCCCACGCCCUCCGUCUCGCUCGCAGGCUGGACUGACAAAUGCGGCUGGUGGCUGGACGACCCCUCCAGCGACUUCUGCUACCUGAUCAACCGCAAGCCCAAGACCUGGAAGGAGGCCCAAGACGACUGCCAGCGGCAGAAAGGGAACCUGCUCAGCAUCACCGACUCGCACGAGCAGAACUUUGUACACGGUUACUUCAAGGCUCUGGAGACCGGUCCCGCUUUGUGGUUGGGCGCCAAUGAAACGAUGGAGCUUGACGGCGGCAAGUGGGCUGACGGAUCCCCCUUCUCUUACGUCCACUUUAGUGCAGGUGACACCGAUGAGGGCGAAUGUCUUUCCUUCCUCACCGGCAGCGGCCACUGGAAAGUCGACGCGUGCGACAACACGAUUGGCUACGCGUGCAAGAAAAGAGGAAAAGGAAAACCGUCAAAAGCCCUGCCGCUACAGGACGGCUACAUGAAAAAGAUUGUCUGCCAAGGAGAUUGGAAAACCCUUGAAUGUCCCGAAGAACGAGUCAUCCGGAUCCGGUCAGCCUUCUACGGGCGGAGGCGUAGCGAUGUCUGUCCAAAUGGCAACGCAACAGAUGGGACGUGCACGGUGGACAUCUCUCUCUACAAGACAAUGUGUGACAACGAUCAUGAUUGCACCAUUUACCUCUCGGAUUCACAUUCCUGCCCUGGUGUCUCCUCCAAAUACUUGCACAUUGUCUACAGCUGUGAAGAGACAGUGUGUCUUGACAGUCUGACAACUGACGGGAGCAUCGCAGACUCUGCCUUUUCAGCCUCUUCCUCUAUGAUCAAGCUCAAACCUCACAAAGCGCAUCUCGGAGGCAGCGGGUGCUGGUUACUGAGCGAAAAGUCCGGCAGCUGGAUCCAGGUGAACCUCGGUCAGAGGAAAAAGGUGACAGCCAUCGUGACCCAGAGCUGUAUUACAGACGUUAGGAAAUGGUUCGACAGAUUUGAGAUGCAGAUCAGUAUUGACGGAAAGACUUGGUAUACCCACCCAGACGGGCAGUUGGGUUUGGGGACUCGUCUACUAGCCACGCCUGUGUUCACCCAGUAUGUCCGCCUCCUGCCAGUCGACAACAGAUUGAAUGACGGCCUUCGCUUUGAUGUCUUGGGGUGCGCCGUUGACGACACCGCUCACAUCACCUGUGCCAGCAAUUUCAAAAGCCUCACCAAGUUCACCAGUUCAAAGACGGUCCUCUGCCCACCGGGCUGCGGCAAAGCCCCCCACAUUGUCUACGGAACAUCGAUCUACAACCAGGACUCAAACAUCUGCACGGCCGCUAUUCACGCGGGUAUCAUUCGGAACGAGAUCGGAGGAGCUGUGACUUUGCUGAAGGCCCCGCCACAAAACGCCGACCUCAUCUACACCGAGAACGGGAUCACUUUAGUUCAAUACGGUGGCAAAAUGGUUUCUUACGCCUUUGCUGAGAACGAGCCCAGAUGCUUGGGACCUGACUGGGAGGAGUUUGCGGGCUUCUGCUACAAACGUUUGGAUGAUCAAAAGACGUGGUACGGUGCUCAACACGCCUGCAGGAUCGUCUGUGCCGAACUGGUGUCCAUACGCUCCGAGGCGGAGCGAGAUUGGCUGCAAGAAGCCAUGAACUUUGGCACCGGCGACACGUGGACCGGACUGAACGACCUGGUCAUCAAGGGCAGAUUCAUGUGGUCGGACCGCCAGAAGGUGACCUUCACCAACUGGGCUAUGGGAGAUCCUGGCCGCCUGUUGGAGAAUUGCGUGGCCACGUUGAGCCAGACUGGCAAAUGGAGAAAGAUGUCCUGCGUGCGACUCAACAGCUUUGUGUGUAAGAUGCCCACGGCGCGUUAUCCAAUCAAAGUGCGUCUUGCGUCUGGAGUGGCAGCCUGCCGUGACGGCGUCGGAGUGUGGAAUAACUCUCGAUGAGUCCAAGUGCGUCUUGCAUCUGGAGUGGCAGCCUGCCGUGAUGGCGUCCGGCAAGUUGCUGGUCUCGAUACAAACAUUCUGAUUUGAUUAUUUAAAGUUUUAUUGACUGCAUCAUGUUAUUGACCAUGCAUUUUUAUUAUUUGGUUUAAUUUAUCAUGCAUUCAAAGUUAUUCACAUGCAUUAUUCUUCGGUUUGAUUUACCAUGCGUUAUUAUUCUGUUUUAUUUACCAUGCGUUAUUAUUAUUCCGAUUAAUUUACCAUACGUUCUUUUCAUUCUUUCUUUCACUAUUAUUACUAUUAUGAUUAAUGGACCAUGUGUUAUUAUUCUGUUUAAUUUAUCAUGCAUACCCUGUUGUGAAAAAUACAUAAAAAGAAUAAAAAAUUAAAAGACAA